AAUGAUUAAAUGACAGGGGCACCAACCUAAAGCCACCAGCAACCUAAAACCAACCACCAUCUCCAACCGACAACCCUCUCUCUUAUCUUUUCUGCUCCGAACUUCAAUCUUAAAAUUAAAUCCAAACAUAUAAUAGCGUAAGUGUGUUAUCACUUCAACUCGCCAACAUUCUUUCUUUGACUACGGACAGGGACAAAAUGAAGCUCUCGGCGUUGCAGCAGAGUUACCUCACGCGCCGAGCCAACAGCUUCAGGGGAUCCGCGCAGUUGGAUUCGUCCGCCGACGGCGCGGUGAAGUCGCCGGCGGCGAUUUUCUGGCUGGUAAUCCACGGUCUCUGCUGCCUCAUCAGUCUCGUCCUUGGCUUCCGCUUCUCCCGACUGGUGUUCUUCUUCCUGUUCUCUACCAGUCUCUACACCGCCCCGUUCCGCGGCGGAGCGGAUAUCGCGGCGCCGCUGAACGUUCCUCCGGCGGCGAACAGGACGGCGGCGGUGAGCACUGCGAGCCGUGUGGUGGUCGGGCGGCACGGGAUCCGAAUCCGGCCGUGGCCGCACCCGGAUCCCGUGGAGGUGAUGAAAGCGCACCGCAUAAUCGAGAGGGUGCAGAGGGAGCAGAGGUCGCUGUUCGGGGUGAAGAACCCUAGGACGGUGAUCGCUGUGACGCCAACGUAUGUUCGGACGUUCCAGACGCUGCACUUGACUGGUGUGAUGCACACGCUGAUGCUGGUGCCGUACGAUCUGGUUUGGAUCGUGGUGGAGGCCGGCGGAGUCACCAACGAAACCGCUUCGAUUAUUGCCAAGUCCGGCCUCAGAACAAUCCACGUUGGCUUUUCUCCACGAAUGCCAAAUUCGUGGGAUGCUAGGCAUAAACUCGAGUCUCGGAUGCGACUUCAUGCUUUGAGAGUUGUGAGAAAAGAGAAGCUGGACGGAGUUGUGGUGUUUGCUGAUGAUAGUAAUAUGCAUAGUAUGGAGUUGUUUGAUGAAGCACAAAAUGUGAAAUGGAUCGGAGCUGUUUCGGUUGGAAUAUUGCUUCAUUCGGAUGAUUCUUCAUCCAUGGUUCAAACGGAGGAGGAAGGUGCGGUUAUGCCUGUGCAGGGCCCUGCUUGUAAUGCCACGGAUAAGUUGGUUGGGUGGCACACCUUCAAUUCACUGCGUUAUACAGGAAGGAGUGCGGUUUAUAUUGAUGAUAAGGCACCUGUUCUGCCCACAAAGCUCGAGUGGUCUGGGUUUGUGUUAAAUUCAAGGUUGGUUUGGAAGGAUGUUGAUGAUAAGCCAGAGUGGGUUAAAGAUCUUGAUGAAUUAGAUGGGGCUGAUGAAGGAAUAGAGAGUCCACUGUCCUUGCUCAAGAGCACGUCUGUGGUAGAGCCGCUUGGGAACUGUGGACGUCAAGUUUUGCUUUGGUGGCUACGGGUUGAAGCCCGCACAGACAGCAAAUUUCCUUUUCAAUGGAUAAUUGACCCUCCUUUGGACAUCACUAUUCCAUCAAAACGCACUCCAUGGCCAGAUACUCCUCCUGAGCUGCCAUCUAAUGAGAAAGUGUUAAUUGGUAGCCAAGAGCAGACAAACAAGCCCUCUACAAGGACCAAAACGCCUAGAUCCCGGCGUAGUAGAAGUAAGAGAAAGCAUGACAGCAAAGUGAUAGGAGUGCAAGUCUCUACACAUUCCGAGGAAAACUAAACAGGGAUGUUAACCAUUGUAUUGUACAUCAGAGGAAUUUACUGCCCAGUAACUGCUGCUGGCCUUCAGCAACAAGAAUUUGGAUUCAUCAAUGGAAAAAGCUGCUGCUGCAUACGUUGGUGGCGUAACUUUUAUGGAGGCCCGACCCGCAUAUGUGCAUCCGAGUCUGAUUUCACCCAUUUUUUAUAUUCAUUUUUAUCUCUUUUUAUUGGAGUUCGUCGGAAUGAAAGUUUGAAAGGUAAUGUCGACUUGUUAUGCUGCCUUGCUGAAAGCCUGUAUUCAAUUGUAGGGUUGUAUUGGAUUGAAUAUAAGGUGGUGCAUUGAAUUAAGAUUUUAAAAGAUUA